CGGUCUUCAGCCUGACACAAUCGGAUUUAACAGCUCUGAUGGCUUUCAAAAGUUGGUACAGCACCUGGUACCAGGUACCAGGUACUAGCAGUACUUCGCACAGGAAGUCUUCUGGAGCUCUUCUGGUUAGGAGUAGAUAACGAGAAAGAUGGCAGACAACGGCAACUACGGCAACAAUACCGGCAAAGUGGAGGGUCAGGAUCCGCCAAUAUCACAGCAAAAGGCGGCCUCCAAGGAAGCAUCAGGAGGUACCGGUAAAGAAGGAGCAAUUGCCAAGAAGAAGUCCACCAAUGACAAAAUGCCCAGACCGACUCGUCCUCGUCCACAGCACAGAACCCUCUGUUCCCUGCUCCAUUACUUUGUAGGAAUGGAAUUGUCCGUCGAACUCAAGACGGGACGCACAUAUCGAGGCACAUUGGCCACAGCCGAUGAAUACAUGAAUUUGGCACUCGAUGAAGUGGAACAAGUCGAACCGCCAUCGCAGAAUAACAUCACCAUGAUUACCUGUCACAUCCGCGGACCCAACAUUCGAUUCAUUCAUUUCCCAUCCUCGGAUCUACGGGCAGCCAUACGAACUGGGCAAGAUCGAGAACGAGCGGCAAAACAAAAAUAUCAAGGGGGCAAACGACAGUCGCGUUCUGUCACCACGGGAGGAAAGGCACAGCCAGAUGUAGAGCAGCGCAAAUAAAAAUAAAGCAAUGAUCAUUCAUUACAGUAACAGAAAAUUGCACUGAAUACAAUGACAAGUAGAGAUUCAAAGGCAGCACAAAUUGAUUGGAAUU